GCCCCUUUCCGGGCGAUUGAGACUUUUGACUGGUCGGUCACAUAGGCGCGUCUUCGUGUCUGAUUGGUGUGGCCGGCUCAAAGAGCUCUGCGCUCAUUGAAAGAGAAGGCUGAGGGGGCGGACCGGCGCGAAGAGGCGUGAGGAGCGCGGGAUUGACUACCUGGACUGGGAGUCAGCAUCUCCAAUCUGCGGCCCCCAGAAGUGUUCAUCCUGGUGGCCAGCCAUUGAGGACAUGGAUUUGGAUCAGCUGGACCUGAACCCCAGGAUUAUUGCUGCAGUUAAGAAAGCCAGGCUGAAGGCCGUGAAGGAGGUCCUGCACUUCUCUGGAGCUGACCUGCAGAGACUGACCGGCCUGUCCAGCCCUGACGUCCAGCACCUGCUGACAGCGGCCUCCUCACACCUGCGUGGGGGCCCCAUCCUCACAGCGCUGCACCUGUACCAGCAGAGGGAGCGCUUCCCCGCGCAGCACCAGCGCCUGAGCCUGGGCUGCCCCAUCCUGGAUGGGCUCCUGGGCGGCGGCCUGCCCCUGGAGGGCAUCACAGAACUGGCUGGCCGCAGCUCAGCUGGGAAGACCCAGCUGGCACUGCAGCUCUGCCUGGCUGUGCAGUUCCCACCACAGCAUGGAGGCCUGGAGGCUGGAGCCGUUUACAUCUGCACGGAGGACGCCUUCCCCAGCCGCCGGCUGCAGCAGCUCAUGCAGCAGCAGCAGCGCCUGCGGGCAGACGUGCCGCAGGAUGUGGUCCAGAGCAUCCGCUUCGGCAGCCAGAUCUUCGUGGAGCACGCGGCCGACGCGGACACCUUGCUGGAGUGUGUGAGCACCAAGGUCCCCAUCCUCCUGUCACGGGGCAUGGCCCGCCUGGUGGUGGUAGACUCCGUGGCAGGCCCCUUCCGCUGUGAAUUUGAUGGUCAGGCCUCAGCCACCCGGGCCAGGCACCUGCAGUCCCUAGGGGCCACGCUGCGCCGGCUGAGCAGCACCUUCCGGAGCCCUGUGCUAUGCAUCAACCAGGUGACAGAGGCUGUGGAGGAGCAGCGCGUAGCACUUGGGCCACCAGGGCCCUGGGACGAGCACAUUUCCCCAGCCCUUGGCAUAACCUGGGCCAACCAGCUCCUCGUGAGGCUGAUGGCCCACCGGCUCCGCGAGGAGGAGGCUGCCCAGGGCCCCCCUGGCCACCCGGCCCGGAUCCUGCGGGUACUCUCCGCCCCUCACCUGCCCCCCUCCUCCUGCUUCUACACAAUUGAAGUGGAAGGGGUGCGAGGGGCACUGAGGGCCGAGUCCUGCUAACAUGGACCAGGUCCCAAGAAGCCCAGAGCCUGGCUGAGCCCUGGAAGCGGCCAGUACAGACGCACAGCACUGCAGUCCACCAAGGUCAGCACACGAUCAGUCCUCCUCAGACAGAGGUCAACAGCGAGCUGAGGCUGCACCCCCUCUCCCACCUCACCCACCAGCUUGCUGGCCCUUGGCGGACAGGAGACUCACAGGGGCUGGGGGCUCUACAGAGACUCACAGGGGCUGCUCUGGGCCUGUCCUCAGUUUGCCCCACCCACACCCUGCUGGUCAGAGUUGCCAGCCUCCCCUCGACCUGGGAGCCUGUGUCCUGCAGGGUGGUCCUCAACCCUGCUAAAGCUACCCUCACACAUUGCCCUGGACCUCUGGUCACCUCAACCACCCCCUGUGGUGUAGGCAACUUUGGGGAAGCUGAUGAAAGGACACAAGGAACCAGCAACAUGCACCUUGGGGGAUGCAGCCAGAUGUUUGCCAGGACCACCUGCACAGGCCAGCCUAGCCUCCCUUCUGGCUAGAAGGGUGGAGCCUCCCGGCAGCUCAUCUGACUGUGGACCCUGGAAUCUGACCACCUGGCCAUGACCUGAGGGACAUGGCCUCUUCACAGGCAGGGCUGCGAGUUAACAGUGGGCUUCUCAUUAAGAAGCUGCUGUCUGCUAGGUACUGCGCCUGUGACCUGAGCUAUCCCUGCCGCUGCUCUCCAGUGGGGAGACUGAGGCACAGGCCAGCCAAGUGGCUGGGAGGUCCUGCAGCCCUAAGCCAGACCCCAGGGCCCCUGCAGGGAGAGCCCCCACUAAAGAUGGGAGGCUAUGUGUUCCUCCAGGUGUGGGUGUCACAUCACCUGCUCCCCAGAGCACCAUGGCCCCAACAGGCCAAGACUCACUAUCACCAAGCUGUUCUGAGGCUGGACUUUCCCCGAACGGCCUUCCUGCAGAAGUGCAGGGGCUCCACGGCAGCAAGUCAAACACUGUUUUUGUGUAACCAGAGAAUUCCAAGUGAUUUUCGAGGCAAAAUCUAUCAAUUAGAAAAUAAACUACAGCUCUCGUCCACUCAGCAGAGGACGAAUGCACCUGC